AUGCAACCAUUUUCCCGCGGUUUACUCUUCUUCUCCCUCCUCGUACUCGCUGCUGCCAAAUGCCCAACAUACAUCGACACCGUAGUUCCGUCAGGGCAAACCCGUCGCUAUGGCAAUCGCGAGCCCGGCGACCCCAUCCUGGCAACCAUGCACGACGUCCACAAAACCCUCUCAGACUGCGACUCCAUCAAAAGUCUCAAACUCCGCGUCACCAGCCUAGGGUGCUCUGAACAUCCUGACCGCUGGAACUUCCCACUCGACCUAGCGUCUGGGUCCACAUACCCCUCAGAGCUGGAGUCACUAGACCUAGAGGGCUAUCAUUUUGGCGAUCGGAUAUGGGACGAGAUCCAGGAGCCGCCGUUUCGAACAGGUUCCAAGUUUUGGGAUAGGAUGGAGUGGAUUGGCUCCGGUAGAGUCUGGAAGUGGUUGAGGUAUCUCCCGUUAUCCGCGGAGCAAAAGAUCAAGACGAAUCUGGACUUGUGGCUGGAUGCCAUGGAUUUCGGGAGCAUCAAGAAUCUUACCCUGAGGCCCAGGAUCGACGAGUAUCCCUACGUUGCGAAGCUGGUCCCACACUUGAAAUCACUUCAGUCGUUGAAGGUUUAUGGCGCCUGGGCAAAAGACCUCAUCUUGGGGGUACCUGAGAACUCGUUGACACAUCUGUCGUGGAUAUUCAGCCACGAGACCGGCGCUUCCGCGUUGCCCAUCAUACGACACCAUGCGCAGUCUCUAACAAGCCUCGAAUGGCGCGAGGCGGAAAGCGGGACUCGGCAGCGGCGGGUGAUGACGGCGGAAGAAAUCGUAGAACUCGGCCGCAUGGCGCCGAACUUGGAGAGCAUUACCCUCGACAUCAACCGCAAUGGGACAUGGCCGAUGGAGCACUUUGACGCGCUGGUGACCAACUUCCCAAAACUGACCAACAUUACAAUCUUCUUGGAGUUUGCGAGCGAGUGCCGGCGACAGCUUGGUGCCUCCACGGAGGGGAUCUAUGGCUACGAGCAAUGGAAGAUGGGUGAGGCGUCGGAUUGCGGUAGCGGGAUAGAGUCCAUGGCCCAGCCGCCGCUGGAGAUUGAACAGGCCAAGCAGCUGUGGGGACAGUUGCGGGAGAAGAAGGUUGGGGAUUUGCUGAAGAAGGUCGUUUUCUAUGCGGGUGACUGGGAGAGGCCGUGGGAUGGGCCGAUGGCUGAGAACGAAUGGCUCGAGGGUAGGAGAUCGUUCUUCUGGUGUGAGGCUUCGGACAACCCGCCGAAAAGAUAUAAUGGAGGGUGUGUGGGGAUGAUAGCGGAUGUUCCUACGAGGCGUAGUUCCUCUGGGUAUGAUGAAGACGGAUGGGAUGCUCCGGGUUGGCAAAGCGAUUUGGCUCGGCGAGCCAUGCGGAUGGAGCUUUGA